AUGAGUCUGGAGGAGCUGGAGGAGAAUGAAGAUGACAUUUCGGUGAGGAAGAUGAGGCUGGCCAUGGAGAUUGUACAGGUACAGACGAGAUCCCUCGGGCAGGAUUACGUGCAGGAGGUCAAUAAAGCCGGAGCGGGAAUCUGUGUGGUGCUGCACCUCUACAAACCAGGGAUCCCGCUGUGUACGCUGAUAAACCAGCAUCUGUCUCGGCUGGCUCAGAAGUUUCCUCAGACCAAGUUCCUGAAGUCCAUCUCCAGCACCUGCAUUCCCAACUACCCUGACCACAACCUGCCCACGCUCUUCAUUUAUCACGAGGGAGAGAUGAAGGCGCAGUUCAUCGGGCCGCUGCUGUUCGGAGGAAUGAACCUCACCUGUGACGAGCUGGAGUGGCGUCUGUCUGAGUCCGGAGCGGUGAAGACGGAUCUGGAGGAAAACCCCAGGAAACAGAUCCAGGAUCAGCUGCUGAGGUCCAUCCGCUGCUCAGAGCCGCACCGCAGAGACGAGGACGAGGACUCGGACGAGGACUGACCUCAUCACAGCGAACCCUGCUCUCGACACGACCUCCAGCGGACAUUACACCCACCACUGACCACAAACACCACAUUCACACUGUUUUAUAAGAUUUCUAAUAAUACAGUUCAACGCUUGACACCAUUUAUUCUAUAAAAACCACUGAUUUGAGUGUUUAA